UCCAAACCCGUCCUCCUCCUUAAAUUUAAUCCAUCCCCUGGCAUAUCAAAUCUCUCCCCUCCCCCUCUCUGCCCUCUCCCUCUCCCUCUCCGCCACCAUGUCCAGGAUGCGUCGCCGGAGAGCUCUCCCCCUCCUCCCUCUCCUCCUUAUCUGCGCCCUCCUCCCCCUCUCCUCCCCCGUGCGCCCCUUCGUCAUCGUCAUCACCGGCGACGACCUCAAGGAAACCCCCUCCUCCGACUCUCUCCCCUCCUCCGAUCCCUCCUCCUCCUCCUCCGAGGACCACGACGAUGGCGACCCCGAUUGGGACGAGUUCUCCUCCUCCUCCUCCUCCUCCUCCCCCGCCUCCGACGACCUCCGCCUCGACCCCGGCUCAUGGCUCUCCGUCCUCGAUCCCUCCUUCUCCAACUCCCACCUCAACUCCUCCUCCUCCUCCCCCUCCGAUGGCUCCGAUCCCGACCCCCGCGAGGCCCUCUUCGUCUCCGGCAUCAACGCCAUGCUCGCCGCCGCCUCCGCCGCCGACCCCGCCGCCGUGGACGCCGCCGCCUCCCAGAUCGAGGUCGCCGCCGCCGCCGGGCUCCCCCACGCCCACUCCGCCCUCGCCUUCCUCCGCGGCUACGGCGUCCUCCGCCCCCUCAGCCGCCCCAGGGCCUUCCUCCACCACCGCUUCGCCGCCGAGGGCGGCAACCCCCAGUCCAAGAUGGCCCUAGCCUACACCUACUUCCGCCAGGCCAUGUAUGAGAAGGCGGUUGUGCUCUAUGCCGAGUUGGCGGAGACGGCAAUGAUGAGCUUCCUCAUAUCAAAGGAGCCGCCGGUGAUCGAGCCCGUGCGGCUCCACAGCGGCACUGAGGAGAACAAGGAUGCUCUGAGGAAGUCGCGGGGCGAGGAAGACGAGGACUUCCAGAUCACAGAGUACCAGGCACAGAGAGGAAAUUCUGCGGCAAUGUUUAAAAUCGGGUUGUUAUACUACUAUGGGCUGAGGGGGUUGAGGCGCAACCACACUAAGGCGCUUCAUUGGUUCUCGAAGGCUGUGGAGAAGGGGGAUACGAGAUCCAUGGAAUUUCUUGGGGAGAUUUAUGCGAGAGGUGCUGGAGUGGAAAGGAACUACACAAAGGCUUUCGAGUGGCUCUCUAGGGCGGCCAAGCAGCAGUAUUAUUCGGCUUACAAUGGAUUGGGAUACCUUUACGUGAAAGGAUAUGGAGUGGAGAAAAAGAACUUGACAAAAGCAAGAGAAUACUUUGAGAUAGCAGCUGAGCAAAAGGAACCAGGAGGCCAUUAUAACUUAGGAGUGCUUUAUCUCAAGGGUCUUGGUGUAAAAAGAGAUGUGAAAGCCGCCCGCAACUUUUUUCUUGCUGCAGCUAAUGCUGGUCAGCCAAAGGCCCUCUAUCAAGUGGCGAAGUUGUUCCAAAAAGGCAUUGGGCUUAAGAAGAAUCUCUAUAUGGCUACUCUUCUUUACAAAGCUGUAGCUGAGAGGGGACCUUGGAGCUCCCUAUCAAGAUGGGCUCUGGAGUCCUACUUGAAGGGUGAUAUGGGAAAAGCACUGCUCUUAUAUUCUAGAAUGGCUGAGCUCGGAUAUGAGGUGGCACAAAGCAAUGCUGCGUGGAUCCUCGACAGAUAUGGGGAACAGAGCAUUUGCAUGGGAGAAUCUGGCUUUUGCACGGAUGCUGAAAGACAUCUCCGUGCACAUUCUUUAUGGUGGCAAGCAUCUGAGCAGGGUAAUGAACAUGCCGCUUUGUUGAUAGGAGAUGCCUACUAUUAUGGCCGGGGCAUUGAGAGAGACUACGAGCGAGCCGCAGAGGCAUACAUGCAUGCCCAAUCGCAGUUGAAUGCUCAAGCCAUGUUUAACCUUGGGUACAUGCAUGAGCACGGCCAAGGACUUCCGCUUGAUCUUCAUUUGGCAAAACGGUAUUAUGAUCAAGCCCUUGAGAUUGAUCCUGCUGCAAAGCUACCUGUUACACUUGCCCUCAUGAGCUUGUGGCUAAGAAAGAACUAUGCUGGCGGCUUUGUGGUUAAUCUGAUCGAUUCACUUCCGGAGGUUUACCCAAGGAUCGAGGAAUGGGUGGAGGAUGUAAUCCUUGACGAAGGCAAUGCAACAAUAUUAACCCUCUUUGCUUGCCUCUUGACUGUUCUUUACUUGCGGGAACGUCAGAGGCGACAAGCUGCAGUCCAUGCUCAGCAACCUCCUGAUGCAGGCCAAUGAUGACUGGUGAAUUGGAACUCAUCGUAAUGAGCUUCUUACCAUGCAGGUAACCACAUUCCAUGUCACCCAAGUUAGUUGCAGGAAAAAUUUUAACUUAUUAAACAGAGCAGUUGUGCGAGUUUUGUCAUACCUAGCAAAACCUAGUGUAACUUAGUGUUUGAUUGUAAAUACAAUGUCAUACCCUUUAAAGUAUAGGAUGAUUGUUCUUUCAUUGAGUUCAUAUCUCAUAUAAAGUUUAAUGUAUUCAGACUUAAAUUAGGAAUAUGCAAUUUUCAUGAAGAAACAGGGGCCGUUUGUUUCCCUCACAAAAGUGUAUACUGAAGCUGCUAUCUUUUCUCA